AUGACUGCGCCCCUGGUCAACAAAGGCCUCCCCCGCCUCCGACGCCAUAACCCAGAACACCAGCUGGCUUGGGAAUCGGUUCUCUCGGACAUGACGGAAGUGGAUCCCGAGAUCCCCACGCACUACAUUGAACAGUCUCGGCAGUGUUCACGCAUUGACAAAAUCUACAUCAGCUCGCCGCCCUGGUUACUGCUCCAAUGGUGUGCCCGUGCUGAUGUCCCACUCGCUCCCGAAGAUCUCUACGAUCGAGGAAUAUCUGACCACGCGCCUGUCCACCUCCGCUUCGCUCAUCGACAACAGGAAGAUGAUGGACUGCGUCAGUCGAUCCCGAAGUAUAUCUUCGAACACCCGCUCUUCGGGCAACACCUGGACACUCUGCUGGCAGCCUCCCCGUGGCAGUCCUAUGUCCCGUUCACCCAACUCCGAGAACUUAAGCGCCUCCAACGUGAAGCUGCUCGCCUGACUCGCGACGACCUCACCAAUUCGAGAGCCCCUUGUACUGCUGCUGCGCUGACGACCUGCCGAUCGAUUUCCCGUGCAGUAUGGAGGAACGACGAGAAAGCGGCCCGCACUCUGGCUGCGCGAACGGAGCUUGGCGCCUCCUUCCUGGACCUCUCGUCUCUCCCGCAGGUUUCGCUCAAGGCGCCUCUGGAGUUCAGCCGAAAGUUCGAGUCCCUGCAACAACAGUACCAAGAUGAACGAUUGGAAGCACUUCACUCUCAGGAGAUGGCGGCUGGCACUCCUGCUCAUGAACGUCUUCGUCUUCGGAGGUUGCAGAGGGCGAUCACACGGCGUGGCAAGCUGUGGGCACCCUCUGGGAAGGUUCUGAAGCUCAAGGCAAUCGAGAUCGUCUCAAUGGAGUACUCCACGAUAUCUGCUCUAGUCCGCAGCGCGAAGGAGACGAUCAGGAACUGGGACCUCUGGCUUCGUCGUCUGCGCAUCGUGGUUCAGAAUGAACUGGAGUUCCAGCACUUCGGCAACCUGAACAACUUGGCCCCGCGGCACUGGAAGGAGCCUCCGUUCGCGUGGCACCUCCGUGAGGCGGCGACGGGGUUCAAG